AAGCAGAAACGUCUCACAGUGAGGGAGCAGGCAUCAGGUCUACUCAGAAAAGUCCAGGUCUAACAGAAACCAGACUAAUCAACAACAGCACUUCUUCAUGUGUGUGGGACGGUAGCUCGGUCUGACGGGGCUCUGGGGGACAGAGGAAGACCAGUAUCAGGAUGGAGGAGCAGAGUCCAGACUCUCCUGAACCCAGCUGUGUGUCCAUGAAGAGUGACCGGUCUGCUGAUCGCUGGAUUAACUUCAAACAAUCUGCAGAUGGAAGAGGUCAGCUGGAAACAUCAGAGUUCUUCAAUGAUCAGUCCAAGCAGCAUCAAACAGAGCUGGACUCCAUAUUUAUGCUGCUGGAGGAGAACAUUAUCACCUUUGUGAAGAAGGAACUGAAGAGAUUUCAGAAGGCUCUGAGUCAGGAGAACCCAGAACGUCACAGUGAGGAUGAGGAGGUGUUGGUUGGUGAAGAUGAAGAGCAGAGGAGCAGCAGAGAGGCUUUUGUGAAGAUCACAGAGAACUUCCUGAGGAGAAUGAAGCAGUGGCUGGCUGACUGUCUGAGGAACAGAACUCCUGCUUCAGUUUGCCAACAUAAACUCAAGUCUAACCUGAAGGAGAAGUUCCAGUGUGUGUUUGAGGGGAUUGCUAAAGCAGGAAACCCAACCCUUCUGAAUCAGAUCUACACAGAGCUCUACAUCACCGAGGGAGGGACUGGAGAGGUCAACCAUGAACACGAGGUCAGACAGAUGGAAACAACAUCCAGGAAAGCACACAGAGCAGAAACAAGCAUCAGACAAGAAGACAUCUUUAAAGCUCCACCUGGAAGAGAUGAACCAAUCAGAAGAGUGAUGACGAAGGGCGUGGCUGGCAUUGGGAAAACAGUCUUAACCCAGAAGUUCAGUCUGGACUGGGCUGAAGGCAAAGCCAACCAGGACAUCCAGUUCACAUUUCCAUUGACUUUCAGAGAGCUGAAUGUGCUGAAAGAGAAAAAGUUCAGCUUGGUGGAGCUCCUUCAUCACUUCUUUACUGAAACCAAAGAAGCAGGACUCUGCAGGUUUGAAGACUUCCAGGUGGUGUUCAUCUUUGACGGUCUGGACGAGUGUCGACUUCCUCUGGACUUCAACAAAACUCAAAUCCUAACUGAUGUCACAAAGUCCACCUCAGUGGAUGUGCUGCUGACAAACCUCAUCAGGGGGAACCUGCUUCCAUCUGCUCGCCUCUGGAUAACCACACGACCUGCAGCAGCCAAUCAGAUCCCUCCUGGGUGUGUUGACAUGGUGACAGAGGUCAGAGGGUUCACUGACCCUCAGAAGGAGGAGUACUUCAGGAAGAGGUUCAGAAGAAAGAAGAAGGCAACCAGGAUCCUUUCCCACAUCAAGACAUCCCGAAGCCUCCACAUCAUGUGCCACAUCCCGGUCUUCUGCUGGAUCACUGCUACAGUUCUGGAGGAUCUGCUGAAGACCAGAGAGGGAGGACGACUGCCCAAGACCCUGACUGAGAUGUUCAUCUACUUCCUGGUGGUUCAGAUCAAAGUGAAGAGCAUCAAGUAUGAUGGAGGAGCUGAGACAGAUCCACAUUGGAGUCCAGACAGCAGGAAGAUGAUGGAGUCUCUGGGAAAACUGGCUUUUGAGCAGCUGCAGAAAGGGAACCUGAUCUUCUAUGAACCAGACCUGACAGAGUGUGGCAUCGAUAUGAGAGCAGCCUCGGUGUACUCAGGAGUGUUCACACAGGUCUUCAGAGAGGAGAGAGGACUGUACCAGGACACGGUGUUCUGCUUCAUCCAUCUGAGUGUUCAGGAGUUUCUGGCUGCUCUUCAUGUCCAUCAGACCUUCAUCAACUCUGGAGUCAAUCUGAUGGAAGAAGAACAAACAGCAUCCAGGAUCUCUAAAAUGUUUAGAACCAAGCCUAAACUGAGACAUCUCCAUCAGAGUGCUGUGGACCAGGCCUUACUGAGCCCAAAUGGACACCUGGACUUGUUCCUCCGCUUCCUCCUGGGUCUGUCACUGACCACCAAUCAGAAUCUCCUACGAGGUCUGCUGACACAAACAGGAAGUGACUCAGAGACCAGACAGGAAACAGUCCAGUACAUCCAGACAAAGAUCAAUGAGGAUCUGUCUGCAGAGAAGAGCAUCAAUCUGUUCCACUGUCUGAAUGAACUGAAUGAUCGUUCUCUAGUGGAGCAGAUCCAACAGUACCUGAGAUCAGGACGUCUCUCCAGAAAAAUACUGUCUCCUGCUCAGUGGUCAGCUCUGGUCUUCAUCUUACUGUCAUCAGAAAAAGAUCUGGACGUGUUUGACCUGAAGAAAUACUCUGCUUCAGAGGAGGCUCUUCUGAGGCUGCUGCCAGUGGUCAAAGCCUCCAACAAAGCUCUACUGAGUGUCUGUAACCUCUCAGAGAGAAGCUGUGGAGCUCUGUCCUCAGUCCUCAGCUCCUCCAGUCUCAGAGAUCUGGACCUGAGUAACAACGACCUGCAGGAUUCAGGAGUGACGCUGCUGUCUUCUGGACUGGAGAGUCCACACUGCAGACUGGACUCUCUCAGUCUGUCUGGCUGUUUGGUCACAGAGGAAGGCUGUUCUUCUCUGGCCUCAGCUCUGAGCUCCUCCUGUCUGACAAAGCUAGACCUGAGCUACAAUCAUCCAGGAGAAGGAGGAGAGAAACUACUGUCUGCUCUACAGAAGGAUCCACACUGCAGACUGGAGACACUGAGGCUGGACCAUGGUGGACGGCACAGACUGAAACCAGGUCUAAAGAAGUACGCCUGUGAGCUGGAAGUGGACACAAACACAGUGAACAGAAGACUCAAACUGUCUGACAACAACAGGAUGGUGACACAUGUGGAGGAGGAUCAGCCAUAUCCUGAUCAUCCAGACAGAUUUGACUGUUAUCAGCUGCUGUGUCGGACUGGUCUGACUGGUCGCUGUUACUGGGAGGUCGAGUGGAGAGGACUGGUUUGUAUAUCAGUGAGUUACAGAGGAAUCAGACAAAGAGGAGACAUGGAGGAAUGUGGGUUUGGACAGAAUGAUCAGUCCUGGAGUCUGAUCUGCUCUGGUGGUGUUUACCGUGCCCUUCACAAUAACAUAGUAACAAUCAUCUCCUCCUCCUUUUCAUCCUCUGGUAGAGCAGGGGUGUAUCUGGACCAUCCUGCUGGCUCUCUGUCCUUCUAUGAUGUCUUCUCUGACAGACAGAUCCACCUCCACACCUUCACCACCACAUUCACUGAACCGCUCUAUCCUGGGUUUAGGUUUGGGUUUUGGUUAGGUCCAGGUCCAGGUCCAGGUUCCUCAGUGUCUCUGUGUUCUCUGUAGCUCAAACUCUGCUGUCUGAAUCCAAAGCUUAGUCAGACUACACACUAGAUGAUUGAUCAGCUCUGAUUAACCUGAUUGAUUUGAUUCAAAGCUUGUCAGUAUUCUUUUCACUAGUUGAACUUGCAUUGGUGUAUAUGUCACUGUUGAACUGCUCAGCAGUCAUUUUGAUAUGAUCAAAUCCAUUUUAGUCUUGUUUUAGCUUCCAUACUUCUUGUUUGGUCUAACCAAGCCCACAGACACAAACAGCUGAUCAGAUACUCUGAGGUGGAAGAGCACGUAGCCUGUAGCCGAAGCUCACAUUGUAAAAUAGUGCCACACACAGCGGCUUUCUCUGUCAACAAUAACACGCUUCAAAAAUGUUUCAUACAGCGUACAAUUGAGCCAACAUUGUUGUAGGAGCCACAUUUGAGUUUUUAUUGACAUGCUUUCAUUUGACAUUGUUGACUUUUCUUUCAUUUUGUGGGCGCCCUCUGCAGGUGGUGAGGGCGCUGGCCUAUUAGAAUGAGCGGCUGACGCACAGCCAGGAAGAUGGGUCACAGCGCAAACUGUCAUUGAGCGCAGGCUUAGAUAGCUGUGAAUGAUUUGUAUUCAGAAACCCUAUCAAAUGAACUUUUGUUUUUCAUUGAUCUUUUUAUUUUGGUCAUAAACAAAAGCAACUUUGAAGCAGCUCUCUCAGGAUUGAUUUUUGGAAGUCUGCGUGUGUGAUGAUGAAGCUGUGAUGAUGUUCCCGUUCUACCUGUGGUAAAAACAUGAAUACUGGAAAAGGUUCAAGGACAAACCUGAUUUUAAAGUUUUACAAUACAAUUCAUCAAUGAGGAGCUGUGGACAGAAUGCAUUUUUAGUUUCUCCCACUUAUUUUGGAUCAGUAGAACCUUAUAAGUUAAAACAUCAGCCUUGUCUUUGGACAGGAAUUUCUUGGAAAUGUUCCCGUCCAAACUCCACAUAUAUUCCAUAAUAUUUCAAAGAAAUAACAAACA